AUAAUUGUAGAAUUUAAAUAAUAUAAACUGGCAAUGGAUAAAUCUUUUGUGUGGAAUUAUUUUGCAAAAGGAACGAAUUCCGAUGCACAGUGCAACUUAUGUCCGAAGAUACUGUCAUAUAAAGGUUCAUCCACAAGUGGAUUAGUGAAGCAUCUUGUAAAGAUUCACCAUUUAGAUCAAAAGUCCGACAACAAAAACAUCGAUGCUGAAGAUUCGCCUCCCAUCAAAAGACAAAGAUAUAUUGAUGAGUAUGUUAAAAGUGAUGACCUGAAUGCAACCUUGUCGAAAUUAGCUGCGUUUGAUGGAAUUUCAAUAAGAACUAUAACACGAAGUUCAUUCAUCCGAGAAUCAUUAGCAAGAAAAGGAUUUACAGUUCCCAAAUGUGAAACUACAAUAAUUAAAUUCAUUUUGAAUUAUUUCGAACAAAUAAAUAAGGAUAUGAUCGCAAAAAUUAACAAUAUUGUAAAAAACAAUGGACGAUUUAGUUUAGUUUUGGAUGAAUGGACCAGCUUGAAAAAUAGACGUUAUCUAAAUAUUAAUAUAUAUGGACCAAAUAAUAAGCUAUUCAAUCUCGGCAUGAUUAACAUUGAAGGAAAAUGCGGUGCAUUGGAAUUAAGAAAAAUGGUCGAAACAAAACUUGAUGAAUACAAUUUAAGCCUAAAAGAACAUAUUGUUUCUACAAUUUCAGAUGGACCAAACGUAAUGAAAAAGUUCAUUAGUGAAAGUCCAGCAUGUGGAAUAUUUUGUCUCAACCACUGUAUCCAUUUAGCUAUUUUGGACGUUCUUUACCAAAAAAACACUAAAGCUGAAUGUUCUAGUUCCAGUAAUGAAAGCGACACUGACAAUUUCGACGAAACUGAAGAAAAUAACUCAUAUAAUAUAAUAGAAACAUACUCCAGUGUUUUAAACAAUUUGAGAAAAAUUAUAAAAUGUAUUAAACGAAGUCCAUUAAAAAACGGAACGUUGCAAACUUAUGUUAAAACGGAAUUUGGUAAAGAAUUACAACUCUGUCUAGAUAUAAAAACACGGUGGAACUCACUGUUAGCAAUGAUGGAAUCAUUUCUAAAAAUUAAAAAUUGUAUUAAAAAGACGUUGAUAGAUUAUAAUUUAGCUCAUAUGUGGGAUGAUAACUUUGACAAUUUAGAAUCAUUGUACAAUGUUUUAUACCCAAUUGAAAUAUCCGUAGAUGAUUUAAGUCGUCGUGAUGCGAAUAUGUUAAAAGCAGAUGCGAUAAAAGAGCAGCUUUUUAAAAAAUUAAUUGCAGAAGAUAAUCUUAUAUCAAAAAAAAUAUUGAUGCUCUUACGAAACGAAUUUCGGAACGUAGUAACGUGGAAAUCAUAACGCUAUUAAAAUAUUUAAAAAAUUCCGAGUUAUUUAAAAGCACCCAAAACGAAAAUAUAAUUUGUAUAAACUCAACGAAAGCAACUACAUUAGCAUUUGGAGAAAAUUUGUAUAAUAGAUUAUUCCAAAAUAAUUUAGUACCAAAUACAGAUUCGGACUCUGAAAUUGAAUUUGAUAAUAAAAUGGAACCAUUUCAAGAUAAGCUUAACCGAGCUAUAGAAAAUGUAAUGUCUGAAGGUAAAAGGUCAAAGUCAUCAUAUAGUCAACUCUUAAAAAAAGAAUUUUUAAUGUUUGAAGUA